AUGCUCAAGCCUUUCCAGAUAAGGGACCUUCAUGGUCCCCGGCCACAGGAAGACUCAACUGAAUCGACACAGAACUCCUCGCAAACAGUCAUUGAUCAUCAAGCACGACCUUCGCAACCGGGAAAACGCCAUGGAACUGUGCAGCUAUCGUCUUCUGCUUACGAUGAGAUAUCCUCCACUCAUCCUCGAGCCAGGCUGACCUAUCCGGAUGAUGAUGACGGUGAAGUUAUUACAGUUGGAUCUUCCCUUGAGCUUUCCCAGCGUUUGGACGAAACCGUUGAUGCACCGACUCGGCCGCAGUUGACGCAACACUCUGUCAGUACCAGUGAUGGCAAGCCCAUGCAUAUAUUCGAUAUCCAUCGAUCAAACUCUAUUACCGAAUUGUGGAAGAAAUUUGAACUUGAUGCCCAGUCUUCGGUCUUACAAAACCCAGAGGUGGACGGUGCUGGGCAGGAGCCGGAGAAUGUUGUUUCACUUCCCCGCGAUGGUAAGAACACAGUCAAUACAAAUCGUCAGCGCAUUCCUGCUACGACAGAAUCAUCUGAGCCCCUUCUAGCAGCGUUCGAAACAGAAUUGGCUCAACUCCUACAUGAGUCGUAUAUCUCAAAUAAUGAACAACAUGCACAACAAGCUUCCUCGGCUUCAGCAGGACAGAACCAGACAACACGCUCUGAUGGACAACAGAGUCCAGCUGAUUCUUUUGCCCAAGCUUUGCACCACUUAGUAUCUGGUGCAUGGACGCUCAGCUCCGACGUGAGGUCAAGGAUACCUGGCAUUGAACAGCAAAUCCGGGAUGUGCAAAGAGUAAUUCCUGGACAUGUCGAGAGCACUCUGCAAUCAGCUCUCACUGCCAUGGAAUCUCGCGUGAGGACUAUGAGCGAUGCUCUCAAUAAUACAGCAGCAGCAGCGAGAUCCCGAGGAGGACACAUCAAUACUCCUGGGGAUGUGGCCGCUAGUACUGUGAAUGGUCUGCGGACGAUGGCAUCCGAACUUGGCGAGAUGGGCCAGACUUUGUUUGAAGCUUUUGAGGCUGAAUUGACAUGCAAUACCACGACAAGUCACGAUCAUGAAAAUGCUCGUUUGCCGUCUGAAGGGCAGGCUCAAUCGGCUCCAACCGAUGGCUCGAACCAAGCUCCCGGCACUGAGCAGCUCCGUCAAAAUGCACCUUUUGAUGACGAGAAGGAGAGCUUGGAUUCCAAUCAAGCCAGGAAGGAGUCGGCCAACAGUAGACAUCCUGGUGGAAAUGAGGAUGCUGAUCCUUCGGCACAGUCGCAGCAGCCCGAGCUCCCCCAGGCGCCGCCACGUCCUGGUCCAGGUCCGCAUAACAGCCCGCCUGUUGAUUUGCCUCACAGAGUGCCUCCUCCUCCUCCUCCUCCUCCUCCUCGUCCUCCUCAUUCCUUCAGUCCCCGUUAUCCCUUCCAUCUCCCUCCACCUCGGCCCCAUAAUAUCUUUCCUUAUCACCACGCUCCUCCUCCACCGCCACCACCGGUGCCUUCGUUCCAAACACACCCGAUCCAUAAUUCAUUCUGGCAACCUCAUCAUUCUCAUCCGUGGUCACGCAUCCCUCACCACCCACUACCUCCCCCGCCGCCACGACCAUGGCAAACUGGGUGGACUCCUGUUCCCUGGCCUGAUUCCUACAACCAAGCACCUUCGCCGGGCACGCCAGGCACCUCGCAAAAUGGGACCGGCCAUACUGUAAAGUCGCUGUUUAUCGGCAACGUUGGGUUCAACGUGACGGAGAAGAUGAUAAAAGAUGUCUUUGCGUCACAAGGAUUCCUAGUUGAAGUACAUUUACCGCUUGACUGGCAAACUAGGAAGCAUGCAGGCUUUGGCUAUUUAUUCUUCGCUUCUAUUCAUGCAGCCAAGGCAGCAUUGGAAGGAUUACAAGGGAUCAUCAUUGAUGGGCAUUCGAUCAAUCUCGAAUUUAAUGACCUCACUCCCAUCACUGAUGUAACGGCCUCGCAUGAUAACGAUCAGUCUACGUCUCGGCUUGAUUCGAACAAUGCUGAUGCCAUUCCUGAUACGCCGGAGCUACCGGGGCCUCGACAACUUAUUAAUGACUCGACGGGACCAAAUCAGACCUCACGAGCUACAAAGAAGUCGGCUGAAAGCUCAGCGCUGCUUGACCGAGAUAGUGAAGAUCCAGAAUUUUCUGCACGGUAUCCUUCUCUUAUCCCAGAAUCUAGCAGGCGGUCAGCGUCUGGUCCUCUGCCUCACCUGAGUUUGGAAUCCGGCAUGAGCCGCUUCCCACCAGUUUCCCAGUUGGAUGCGCACAUGGUCGCUAAUCAGCGCCGGGAACCUAGCCCACGUGCUUCUAAUGGGGAAUCCGGAAGCACUGUUCAUCGGCAAUCUCCAUUCCCGAAUAGGUUGCGGUCCCAUCGAAGCCCUGAACACCGAAGACAUGAUAGUCGCCUGCUUCGUCGAUCAAACACCGUGAUGCCUGCUCAUCCAGCAUCAAGGCUUGCAGGUCCUUUUGAUCCAAUGGCUCCUACGGAGACUCCCAGUGCAACCAGAGAGCUGAGACGACGGGCAACCGAGAUACACUCUCUUUCAUCCAAACCUCAGAACAACCAGUCGGCACCUUCUUUAGAACGUUCUUAUCGCAAUAUGCCUGGGAGCUUCCCCGCUGGGGACGAGCGUCAACACCCAGUUUUGGAUCGCAAUUUUAGGCAUCUGCCCACCCGCGUCGAUGACUGCGUGGAUACGCUCAUUAGCUUGGGGUACGGAAGUGCUGAAGAAGGCGGGCCUCAGAGACUCGAAGUCUAUGCGACCGCAGCGGAUGGCAAGGUAGCUGAUGCUAUUGAAAUGAUUGAGGAUGAGAGGAAGGUGUACUCCCAACGGCGGUAA